AUGAAGAAGAAGGGGGGCGGGUCGCAGUCGCACAAGUGGAUUGUUUUGGAUUCAACGGGUCAAGAAAUAGUUCUAGAUGUCGACAAAUGCGCAAUCAUGCAUCGCGUGCAAAUACACGCUCGUGAUCUUCGCAUUCUCGACCCGCUCUUGUCAUACCCACCCACCAUCCUCGCCCCGCACGGAGCCAUUAUUCUCAAUUUGGAACAUAUCAAGGCCAUAAUCACAUUGAAAGAGGUUUUGCUUCGCAAUCCGUUGGACGAGAAUGUGGUUCCUAUCGUAGAAGAACUCCGAAGGCGAUUGAAACCACAAAUUGAUAAUCGGGAAGCUAACGGUGAUGGCUCUUCACAUAUUGGUGAAGAUGAUUCUCCAUUCGAGUUUCGAGUACUGGAGGUGGCAUUGGAAUCUAUCUGUAGUUUCCUUUCUGCUCGCACAAUUGAACUCGAGACUGAAGUUUACCCAUCUUUGGAUAGGCUUACCUCAAAAAUUUGUAGUCGUAAUCUAGAACGUGUACGCGAGUCAAAGAGUGAAAUGGCUCAGUUGACUGCUCGUGUUCAAAAGCUGCGAGACGAACUAGGGCAGCUUCUGCACGAGGAUGGUGACAUGGCCGAACUCUACUUGUCGCGGAAGUUGGCUAGUGCAACCGUGCCCGGAGAUGAAAAUGAUGUUGAUGAAGUUGAAAUGCUUCUUGAGACAUAUUACAUGCAAAUAGAUGACACAUUGAAUAAAUUGACUACGCUAGGGAAACAUAUUGAUAAUGCCAAUGCUUAUGUGAGAAUCAAGCUAGAUAAAGAUCGGAAUCGUCUGAUUCAGUUGGAUCUGAUUCUCAACACCGGAAACCUAUGUUUAGACAUAAGCUCUUUGGUAGCUGGAAUAUUCGGUAUGAACAUUCCAUACACAUGGAACACCAAUCAUGGAUACAUGUUUAAAUGGGUGGUCAUCUGCAGUGUGAUGUUUAGCUCGCUUCUGUUUUGCAUUAUAAUGUUUUUCUCCUACUGGAAAGGCCUUCUCGGAUCUUGAUGUUCCAACCAUAGUAAGGGAUUAAUUGCAUUUAUA